AUGGCAUGUCUCGGAUACCCUAGGAUCCGGAUGUACUGGGCAGCGAAGACGAGGGUCCCGGUUAUAGCCAAUUCAAUGAGUCGAGACCAAUUCUUCAAGAUUAGACAGUCCAUCAAAGUCAUCAACGAUCUUGAUGUCUCUGAAGAGGAGAAAAAGAAUGAUGCCCUCUGGAAGGUGAGACCUCUCUUAAAAAGAGUGCAACAAGGCUGCCUCAAUCUGCCGAGACCAGGGAAGGCCUGUGUAGAUGAGCAGAUGAUUCCCUUCACAGGCCGGUGUCCUGUACGACAGUUUGUGCCAGGGAAACCAAAUCCCACUGGACUGAAAGCAUUUGUGCUUGCCAGUCCCAAUGGUCUGGUGCUGGAUUUUGAAGUUUACAAGGGCCGGAAUACGUUCACUGACCAGCAGCUGGGAAUCGGAGGGAAUGCAGUUGCUCGGAUCGCACAGUCUCUUCCAAGAGGAACACACCUGUACUUUGACAGGUAUUUCACCUCAGUCAAAGUACUGGAUAUGCUGAAAGCAAAUGGUCUCCUGGGAACAGGGACCAUUAUGAAAAACAGAAUCCCUGCACAGUGCAAGUCAAAGAUGUCAGAUGACAAAAAGCUACAAAAACAAGGAACAGGCACAUCCGAAAUGGUUGUCCAAAAACCAUCAGAGGUUGCAGUGACGAAGUGGCAGGACAAUAAGGCAGUUCUGAUGGCCUCCAGUGUCCACGGGAUAGAGCCCCAAGACAACUGCAUGAGAUGGUCAGGGAAAGAGAAGCGCCAUGUUCCUGUGCCUAGACCCGCUGUUGUGGCUGAGUAUAACAAAAACAUGGGUGGGGUUGAUUUGUGCGACCGCAUGAUCAGCUUUUACCCGAUGUCAAGCCGCACAAGAAAAUGGACCAUCCAGACCGUCCUGCAUGUCUUCGACCUGGCUGCCACAAACAGCUGGAUUGAGUACAGGUCAGACCACCAGGUCUCUGGGAGACCAGAGAAGGAGAGGCUGCAAUAUUUUGACUUCAAGCUGCUGCUGGCUGAAGAAAUGAUUGCUCAGGCACAGGGUGGUCGAGGGCAACGGGUUGACGAGGUGGCCAGUGAUGAUGAUGAGAUGAGCACUGACGAUGAAGAGUACUUUCCAACAAAGAAGAGGAGGCCUGUUGAACCACAGCCCAAUGAUGAUGUCAAAAAAUACGGGGCACUCCAUUUGCCAAAGAUGGUGGAGGCAGCACAUUCGUCACGGUGCAGGAGAGAAGGAUGCAGUGGGAAACCAUUUGUCAAGUGUAUCAAAUGUAACAUGUUUUUGUGUAUUUCAAAGACAAAAAACUGCUUCCUGUUAUACCAUGAUGUGUGA